AUGCGCUUCGCCGAGCUCACCGCCCGAGCCAUGCUCAGCGGGAUCUCUCUGCCCGUCCUCCAGGUCCUCCCCGAGGUGUCGAACAACUCGGCGCGGAUGCUGAUCCGCCAGGAGGGCGAUUGCGGCGUGGGCAAAGACAUCUGUGGCACUGGAUGCAUGCCGUCCGGCAGCACGUGCUGCGCUCCAGAUUUCAAGUCGUUCUGCGAUCCCGGCUACUACUGCACGACGGACGGGGGCUGUUGUGAGCUUGGAGUGACAUGCAGGCCUGCCACGUCUUGUGAUCCCGGCGAAAAACUUUGCCAUGUAGGAUGCAUACCUGACGAUGCCCAAUGCUGUCCCGAUAGUGGCUACUGCAAACCAGGCUACGUCUGCACCAGCGAUGGUUGCGAACGCGGCUCUGGCGGCGGCGGCGGUGGUGGUGGUGGUGGGGGCAGCAGCGGUUGCGACCAGGGCGAGAAAGCCUGUGACUCGGAUUACUGCAUCCCCUCGGGCGGCGUGUGCUGUGGCUUGGGAAACGGCAACUACUGCGAUGAAGGCUACUACUGCACCGCCGGCGCCUGCUGCCGCAACGGCAAGACCUGUACCGGACGCCCGCCGACGGCGACGGCGACCGUCCCCGCGCCCGACUUCACCACCAGCACCGCCGACGUCCAGUUCACCGCCGAUUUCCAGCUCACCUCCACCACCACCGCCACCUCCUCCCCGGAAACUUCGACCACAAGCGACGCCGGCGACAACGGCGUGGUGCCGAGCCCCACCAGCUCGGUGCCGCCGACGGACCGGAGCAGCACAACGGCGCCUUCGUCGUCGUCUCCCAGCGCACCGGCCCAGACUCCGUCGGGUUCUGCAACGACCGGCUCGCCGUUCACGCAGGCGGCGGCCGGGCUGUCCGAGGUGGGGUGA